AUGGUGUACAACUCGUUGACUGAUGCUCCUCGCAACCUCAAGGAGGCCAUUGAUUGGUUGAUAGCCGUGAAGGGAGAUGAUUCUCAAACUAUCAUGCAGACUUUAGGUGAGACACUAUACCGAAUUCUCUCAGACAAGAAUGUUGGUUUGUUGUUUAUACCGGAGAUCGAGAAGGUGAAACGUCUUUCUAAAGAGUUCAUGGAGCAACAAGAACUUAAGGGUCGGUGGUUCAUAAAAGAGCUGCUGGAGAGGUUCAAAAGGCCUAUGAAUAAAACCGUCGGUCUUGAAUUAAAGCGUCUCUGGGUGCGCUUCCCAAGUGAUUACGAGAACAUCAUAAAAUCCAGGGAUGUAACACCUAAAGACUUGGCAGACGGCGUAGAAGAAAUUGUGCAUGAUUGUGACACAUUUCUGAAACUCAUUAAAAACCGAGAGUUGUAUAACUCGGCUUACAGUUCAGAAGCUACGUGGGAGGCUUCAUGCUCUAAAAACCCGGAAGCUUGUGCGUUGGUUCUAGUGGGUAUUGCGCCAAUGAUAUGGGCCGGCAUACAAACCUUGUGGGAUGCGACCCAAGCUGCAAUUGAAGAAAAGUCGAAACCUGGUGCGGAGGAGCGUUUUGGAAGUGUUUUGAAAGCACUGGGUUACAAAGAGCCAGAAUGCCGUGCUGGCAUGAGUGGUUCAGAUGUCCGCCAGGCUUUGCGCGUUAUGGAUAAAGAUAUGUUGGUGACACUCUACGACAUCUCUGGUUUUUGGGCAUUCUAUUGA